CCAUGCCACUCGAUCGCGCCGUCGUGAUCGCGCCCCCUCCCGCACUAUUUCAUUCGCGGGGAGGUUUGGCAGGAGACGCCGCGCGGAACCGGCUGGCUCUCUCGGCUUGGCAGGCUCGCGUGAAAGGCGCAGGGAGGGAGACACGUGGUUUCUCUCGUCUUCUGUCACUGACGCUUCCCAUGAUCAGAACCCGGGGAAUGGCAGGUCCAGGUCCAGCGCGCGCCGCGCGAAGCGUUGUUGCUCUCCUCUGUUUCUUGGUUUCCUGCGCUGCGCUCGUGGAGAGCCGUGGCGGAGGAGGCAGCCGGCACGACGUCGACCACGGUAGCGGCGGGACCGGGAGCAGGGGUAGGGGCCGCGGCAUUGGUGGAGGUGGUGGCGGCGGUAGCGGCGGCGAUGGAGGCAGCAGCCCUGCGUCGCCCCCGCCGCCGUCUUCGCAGCUGCGGCCGUGCGACUUCGAGAACGAGCGGCUGUACAGGGCGUACCUGGUGAUCCAGCAGUUCAGGAGCGCGGUGUCGUGCGACCCGAUGGACGUGACCCGGAGCUGGAGCGGCACGGACCUGUGCGGCUACAAGGGCUUCUACUGCGAGCGGCCGCCCAACGAGACGGACCGCACCAUCGCGUCCGUGGACUUCAACGGCUACAUGCUGCGCGCCGACUCCCUGCAGGGCUUCGUCAACAGCCUGCCGGACCUGGCGCUGUUCCACGCCAACUCCAACGACUUCGGCGGCGCCGUGCCGGCGCUCGCCGCCCUGCCGUUCCUGUACGAGCUGGACCUCAGCAACAACAGGCUCGCGCCCGCCACGUUCCCGACGGACGUGCUGGCGCUCACCAACGCCACCUUCAUCGACAUCCGCUUCAACAGCUUCUACGGCGAGCUCCCCGCCGGCGUCUUCUGCAGGUUCCCGCGGGUGCAGGCCAUCUUCGUCAACAACAACCAGUUCUCCGGCAGCCUCCCGGACAACAUCGGCCAGUCGCCCGUGAACUACCUCUCCCUCGCCAACAACAGGUUCACGGGGGAGAUACCCAAGUCCAUCGCCCGCAACGCCGGCACGCUCCUCGAGGUGCUCUUCCUCAACAACAGCCUCAGCGGCUGCCUCCCCUACGAGCUCGGCCUCCUCGCGAAGGCCACGGUCAUCGACGCCGGCACCAACCGCCUCACGGGCACCAUCCCGGCGUCGUUCGCGUGCCUGCGGAAGGUGGAGCAGCUCAACCUGGCCGACAACCUCCUGUACGGCGAGGUGCCAGACGCGCUCUGUCGGCUCGCGUUCAGCCACCUCAAGAACCUCACGCUCUCCGACAACUACUUCACGUCGCUCGGGUCCUGCUGCUGGGACCUGAUCAAGGAGGGGAGGCUCAACGUCGACCGCAACUGCAUCCAGUGGGCGCCCAACCAGCGGUCGCACGAGGAGUGCGCCAGGUUCCUCCGCAAGCCCAAGACGUGCCCUGUCAACAACUACGUGCCGUGCCGCAGCAAGUACCACAGCUCCAGCGAGCCGGCCGACGCCGUCACAGAGUUGGACGCGGCGGCGGAAUACAAGUACAAGACCUACUCGGCGCUGCAUCCUUGAGGCCCAACGGACGGCCAGUCGGCGAGGGCACUGCACUGAUUGAUAAAAGCGUGUGCGUCUCGUGAGUCUUGAGCGUGAAACGACUGAUCACUCGCCUGGCCCGUUGUGCUCGGCGGGCUGCGUAACUGCGUUUAUGUGUUGUGUGCCUGUGUAGCAAUGUUAAAUGUCCCCAUUCGUUCAUAAUCGAUUCACGGACGAGGCCCAACUAGGGGUAGUAAUGGGUCCAAAUGUUUCUUUGAUUAGUUGGCCUUAUGUUGCUUUGGAAGCUAAAACUCUCUCUCAAAAUUAUAAUUUUA